AACGGGACUAAACUGGUUUCCCUUCAUCUGAGCUCAGGACCAACCACAGUUCUCUGUCAGGUGGGAGAUUUUGGAUGUGGAGAUGGAGGAUGGACGCCAGUUAUGAAGAUUGAUGGUAACAAGACGACCUUUCACUAUAAUUCCAGUUACUGGACCAAUAAGACUGAAUACAACAUUGCUGGAGGAGAGACUGGAUUCGACUUGCGAGAGACCAAGUUACCGACCUACUGGACCACACCCAUCUCUAAGAUCUGCCUCGGUAUGAAGAUUGGCGGACAGAUCAGGUUCAUUGUCCUCAACAAGGAGGCCAGCUCUCUCCACUCACUGAUCGCUGACGGGAAACACCGAAGCACCUCAUUGGGUCGUGACACGUGGAAGAAGCUUGUUGCCUCAGAGGCCUCCCUACAGAAAAACUGUAACAGGGAAGGGUUUAAUGUUAUGUGUAGUGAGUCUCGUCACUCUAAAGCAAGAAUCGGCAUCACUACUAACAACCAGGAUAACUGCAACUCUUGCGACUCCAGGAUUGGGUUUGGUACAGGGGGGCAAUUUGAUGACUUCAACACGUGUGGUAAUGAGGCUACUAAUUCACUUUCAUCGGAUAAUGGCGAUAAACACAUAAAAGCCAUGGGAUACAUUUUGGUUCUUUGAAACCAAACGAAAAAAAAGAAAGUUCAUUCAAAUGCUCAGACUAGAUUCAGAAUGAUUCAGACUUUGGAAUAGCUAAAAGACAAGUAAGGCUUUUCCAAAAAUCUUUUCAGAUGGGUCUUCUUUUGUUCUUUUUCUUUUUUGAGUUUUUUACGUCAUUGAUUUUUAAAACAUAUUCGAGUUUUAGUAUAGUCUCGUUCGGCCGGAACUUUUUUCCCACAUUUUUUUUGGCAGGGAAGACAUUUUAGAAAAGUAUCUCCACCGAUACAUUUGAAGCCAAACCGUUUUCAAAGGCAACGAUGUGCAGGAAAACCCCAACAAUAUGGAAUUUAAUCGUAAAAUGUUCACCCUUCUAUGUCAAUUAUCGUCUUUAGUGAGUUUUACCUUAACAAGUGUCCUAGUCGUGGC